CGGCUCUGAUGCUUGCGCUGAUUUCAGUGUGUGAGAACAAUGUUAAUCUGUGUGAGUGUUUCCUCUCCUCUCUGCCUGAUCUGAGUGCACGUCACCAGCACCUUGAGCCAAGAAAAGUCUUGUUUGAGAGUGUCUGCUUCUUGGACAGAAACACCCCCCCAGGAGAAACUGGGACCUUCCAGCUCUGGGGUUUUGGGAUGUCUUUUGAGAGUAGGAUAAACCAGAGUGCAGAUUGUUAAUAUUUUUUUUCUUCUUCCUGCAUAUCUGACCCUGUUCUCUGCUUCCACUCUUUGGGAGGCAGCACAUCUCUCUUCCAGGGACGCUGCGCCUAGUCUUUGACAAUGAAGUUCAACUUGUUCAGGCCACAGGCCGUGGCGGCCGCUGAGCCCACCGGUGUCACCACCGUAACCAUGGCUCCCACUCCGGCUGUCAUCUCCACCUCGGUGCCGGACACCUCUGGCUCCAACAACACAGAGAUCAGCAAGAACGACAUGUUUGAGGAGAUCAAGAGCAAAUUCUUGAAUGAAAUUGAUAAAAUCCCGUUGCCGCCUUGGGCUUUGAUCGCCAUCGCUGUGGUGGCCGCGUUGCUCAUCCUCACCUGCUGCUUCUGCAUAAUCAAAAAAUGCUGCUGCAAGAAGAAGAAGAACAAGAAAGGGAAGAAGGGCAAGGAUGGCUUCAACAUGAAGAACAUGCAGGGCGAGAUACACCAGGACGAUGAGGAUGAUGACGAGGGAGAGACCGGACUGACGGAGGAGGAGAAAGAGGAAGAGGAGAAAGAAGAAGAGAAACUGGGGAAGCUGCAAUAUUCUAUAGAUUAUGACUUUGAAAAUGCAAAGCUCACAGUUGGCAUCCUUCAAGCUGCGGAUCUCAUAUCCAUGGACUCAGGUGGAACCUCCGAUCCUUACGUGAAAGUCCAGCUUCUGCCUGAGAAGAAGAAGAAGUAUGACACCAAAGUCCACAAGAAAACGCUGAACCCUGUCUUCAAUGAGACAUUUGUAUUCAAGGUGCCCUACGAGGAGCUCGGUGGGAAGACUCUGUCGAUGUCUGUUUAUGACUACGAUCGAUUUUCCAAACAUGACGUCAUUGGAGAGGUGAAGAUUCCCAUGAACACCAUCGACCUCGGAAGGCCGAUUGAGGAGUGGAAGGAUCUGGAAAGCGCAGAUCAAGAAGAGCCUGAGAAACUCGGAGACAUCUGCAUCUCCCUCCGUUACGUCCCCACCGCCGGGAAACUCACCGUCUGCAUCCUGGAGGCAAAGAACCUGAAGAAGAUGGACGCCUGUGGAUUAUCUGAUCCAUAUGUGAAGAUCCAGCUGCUGCAGGGGGGUAAGCGUCUGAAGAAAAAGAAGACUACAGUGAAGAAGAACACCCUCAACCCAUACUAUAAUGAAUCCUUCAGCUUUGAAAUCCCCCUGGAACAGAUGCAGAAAAUCUUGGUGGCGGUCACAGUGUUUGAUUAUGACAAGAUCGGUAAGAAUGACGCCAUCGGAAAGAUCUUCGUGGGCAGUAAGGCGAGUGGCCUAGGUCUGAAGCACUGGUCCGACAUGCUGGCUAAUCCCCGCCGCCCCAUUGCCCAGUGGCAUCCAUUGCAGCCAGAGGAGGAUAUCGAUGGUCAGCUAGCAUCACUGAACGCAAAGAAGUAACGUGCUCCCCAACCAGCUAAUGUACUAACUCAGAGUUCCAACCCCCACCCCUACUUUGCAUGAAACCCAUGACUUAACACGUGACGAUUCGUCAUGAAACCUGCUCAGCAAAAAAGAGACAUCUUAGAAUAUCCGCUCAUUCAUGGUUAAGUCGAAAAAAACUCUUUUUAAGCAUCACAUUUCACACAUUAGUGUAUGCUGGGAAGAGUGGCGUUGAGUUAUCGGGUGACUGGUUCAUGAACGAUCGACUGUUGGUCCUUCUUUCAUUUGAAGAAAAUUAGAAACUGAUUCUUAGGGUGCUGACACUGAACGAAAGUCUUGGUGAAGACAAUGCUGGAAAUAAAGCUUUAGUUUAGUUUAUAGAGCAUGCUUUACUUACCUCCCCACUGCUCUGCAUACACCACGCCCAGUAUUGUAUCUUGCUAAUAAGUGUGCUUUAACUUGCAAUAGAAAGUAUUGUAGUAUUGGGUUAUUUCCUGCAUAGAGUCUGUUUUAGUCUAUUAAUGCAAAAAUAUUUAAUUGAGAAUGAAUGAGGUCAAGAUCACUGAAUGCAGAGAUCCAUGUUGCAAUAUAUUUUUAAGAUAAAUCUGCAUGAAUGAUUGUCUUCAUUUUAUCAGCUCACAUUUGAGAGGGAUAUACAAACAGUAGCCUACAUAACACAGUACGCAGCAGCUGUCUGAUCUGAGUUGCUUGUUUUGUGUUGCCAUGAAGGCGCGUCUAUGCAUUUAGGUCCAACACACAUCUCUGUGUCUUCAGACAGAUCUAAUGUAGGACAGGAAUACAAGGGUGCCUUUCCUGAUAUGACACUUUGAGGAAUAAAGUUAGCUUCAUUCUUUUAUUCAAAUAGGAAACUUUUGAAAAUCAUUCAGAUGUAGUCUGGGACACUGUGAAUGUGCCAUCUGGAAUCUGUCUUGAGCUGGGUUGACCACUUGGAUGUAAAACUUUACUUAUCAGAUGACAAAGUAAGGAUAUGAAAAGGCUUAUCAAUGAUGUUCAGAACAAUUAUGACUACGCUUCUUUUAGAUUCUGCUCUUGCUUGCGAUAAACAGUGCCAUCUAACUCAUUUUUCUGUUGAUAUCCACUAAACGGUCUUUCUUUGACGGAUGUUGUAGCUUACCAAACAUACUGCAGUACACUUCAAUACACCAAUAGUUUUUGGUGGAGCAACAUGAGGAUUUCUGUCAAGGACAAGAUGUUUUUAUAAAGAACUGAAAUUUGAAAUGUAGAAGAUGUAGCCGCACUUUUUAAGAGAGUGUGAUUUCAAGAACAAAAUGCAAGAUUAUAGAAUCUCAACAGGGCAGUUGUUACAUCAAAACAUAUAACACAAUAAACAUAUGUUGGACCAUUUUGCUGCAGAAUCUAGCAUGUAUCAUGCCUCGCAGUAUUUCAUGUUGUUUAGAUUGCCCACUCAACGGCCAAAAGCUUUGUAAACCUUGGGCCAAAGUGCUACAACAUAAUGGUGUUACAACUUCAUCCAGACAUACGGUGUUAGACUGAUGUGCAGAGGUACGGAGGCAAAAAAGCCCAUAAGGAUUUGAAUCUUAUUUGCAACUAAUCGUAAAGUUUCAUUACUACUAAAUACCUAAUGUUGACAUUUUAAUACUAUAUAAUUUAUAGCAUUGAAAUAUUUAACUUGGAAUUCAUGUGGUUUGAAUUCCCCACCUUGAAAUCUCAAAGACUAAAUUAUUUUAAAUGAAUUCACAUUAAAAACUAUAAACAAGAUGCUCAAAUUCAAUUGGUCAUUUUUGGAUCUGAAAAGAGUUGAGUUUAUUUAGACACCAAAAUUCUGGAAGAAAACUUAAAUCUUGAAAAUUUUGGCUACCAAAGCAAAACUGAUCGAGAAAAAUUAUGAUUUGAUAAAAAGAAAAAAUCCCCAUAUUAGCUUCUAGGAGUAAAAUAUAGACACAUAUAGUUAUUUAUGCAUUGUCACAAUAACCAAUAGUUAGAAAACUAUAUUGUAACAAUAUCUAUAUUUCUAUAAUUAAUACUGUAAAAUAACAUGUUGUUAUGCUGUUUCAUAUAAUCGACUAAAGACAAGCUCAGAUGAGAUAUGGGACAUUUAGCACACUUACAUUGUCAAUCAGAAUUUGUGAAAUUUAAAAGAAAAAAAAACGGUUUGCAAAAUGAAGUCAAAGAGGGGGAAUUCAAACUUUUUGAAAUCAGAAAGUUGGUUUUCAAAAUAAACAUUGAAAUUCCGUAAUUUCAGUGGUAUUUGAAUUUCAAAAUUAAGUAUUCAGUAUCCAAAGGUUCAAAUUAUUACUGCCUUUCUGUGCUUUCAUAGAAGGCCAUAUUGUCACCAGAAGUAAAAAGAAUUCUGCUGGAGGCUAAACAGCAGCACACUGAUUGCUCCAUGCACAGUACUACGUCCUCCUAUUGUUAACAUUAUGCAUUGCGCAAAUUUGUUAAUAAGCUACAGCAUGUAUUCACAAGAUGAUGUAAAUAGUAGCAUGUUUUAAAGAGGAACCAUAAUUAUAUUGUGUAUGUGUGUUUGUGUUCUGUGUCAUUUUUGAUAAUAAAAUGGAGUAAAAAAAGAGUAUGCACUGACUGCAAAGUGUAUGUAUUUUUGUUGAAUGGGACCGAAGGUAUGUCUGAAUAUUCCAUGUGUAUGAUUAAAGCAGGGUUGCUUUGUGUAUCAUAUGUAAAAAAAAAAAAUCCACAUUUGCCAUAAUGCUGCAUGGUUGUCUGGUUUUCUGUCAUCGUUUGUAUGUGUCCUCUAAACCAAAACUAAACUCAAUCCAGUGUUACGAUAUGCUUGGGCUACAAGUCAUGUAAUUAUUGUUCAUUUCUGCUUGCUCAUGUUAUACAGUAUGUGUUGGUCACUGACCGGUAAACUGUACAUAUUUAAAAAAAUAUAUAUAUAUAUUUGCCGGCUCCGUGAUUUUCUAUCUCAGUGUACCGUAAGUGUUGCCUUCAUUUACUCCUGCCAGAUGUAGUUACAGUGGGCGACUUAAUCAUUUUCCUUCAUUAAAUUGUACCUUCUCAUCUUAUUGCUAUUCAAAUAAACCUGCUCCCAUAUGUCUGAUUAUACUUUUUAACAUAAGAAAUAAUUCAGUAACUUGCAUAUAAACUAAACUAAACUUUUAAUGUCAUUAUACAGUAUUUUUUUAUUACUAUUUCUUUGCCAGAUUAGUUCUGUGACAUAUUAUUACUGCAUAUUAUUGAUGCAGUCCUCUUGAGGAGCUCCAGUCAUGUAAUUAAGCAAUCAAUAAUAUUUUCAUUCCAAAUGUCUCUUCAUGAGUUUGACUAAUGGACUGCAAUGGGAUGAGCUGGUAUUUUGUCACUUGUGCAUGCUCUGAGAUAUCGAUGCUGUGUCCACUAUGAUAUUUCUAAUGUGGGGAUUUGUUAACUCUGUGUGCUUAUUUUUUUGAGUCACUGUCAUUUACUGUCAGAUAAACCUUUAUUUACAACCUACAGUUCAUGAAGAUGAACAAUCUUUAUGACAGUCCAUCUUUUCGAGUAUAAUGCAGCUAUCUCUCUAUGUACGACGGGCUGAGAGGAAUACAUACCAGACACAUUUUUCAUUUUCAAUGUCAAAUCUAUUCUGAAGAUUAAAUUCCACAAUGGUGUCAAAUUUAAGUUCAGAUCAUGGAGGGCCGCCAAUUUACAUCCUUUUCUACAAUGUGUGUCAGGUCAUCCUUUCCUGGGGGUCAUUUAAUAUACUCGUGCUCAUCUACGUAUGUAUAUACAUACAUACAUACAUACAUACAUAUAUAUAUAUAUAUAUAUAUAUAUAAAUGUGCUCCCAUCAGAUUCUGUCUCCUGUUCUUUGUGUAUUUGCAAUAGGACCAAUAGAGCCUGUAUUUGUUUUAUGGUGUUGUGUAAAUGGACUGUAUGAGUCUUUCACGUUUCUGCAAUGCAGGCAACAAAAUCCCCGUCUUCCUGGGUCUCACAAGCUAUCUUGAGCACAGAGCAGACCCAAACAGUGCAGAACAACAUUCGCAAUGCAAUACUGCCAACCUGCUGCUUCAAUAAUGGUUCCUCUUUAGUCCUCUUAUGUGAACAUAGCCAUAAUACAGAACAUCCAAAGGCCUGAUCCUCAUCCGACCUACUCCAUCAGGCAUUCACUUUCCGAGCGACAUAGACGAGGGAAAUGCUCAAACAGCUUUCUUGACUCUUGUUUUUGUCUUGUUGUAGAGGUGUGUCAAUAGUUGUGCCUUUUUGUGAACUGCAUGAUUUAUUUCCGUACAAAAUCCAUGUUUUCCAGCAAAAAAUAAAAAGGGAACAAAAAGACCACAAAACUUGUACUCAUAUAUCACUCUAUGUAGAACUGAAAUACUCAAGGGAACCAAAAUAUGGGAUGUGGUCAGGACAUAUUUGUGUGUUGUCUAAAUGUAAUCUUAGGAAAAUAAAGGCAUUUUAAGUAGC